UGUACAAAUUGUCACACCAAAACGACUCCGUUGUGGAGAAGAAACCCUGCUGGCGAGCCAUUGUGCAACGCUUGUGGCUUGUUCUUGAAGUUGCACGGGGUUGUGCGUCCUCUAAGCUUGAAAACGGACGUAAUCAAGAAGAGACAGAGA